UUUGUUUACCCGAAAAGUUGCCAGAUGUAAACAUUUCACGCUGAACGCAGACAAUUUACUGAUUACACUACGAUCUUAACAAUGACAAGAUCUGAGGUCGUGAUUGACGGUAUAAUUACAGUGAGUUAAGUUCACAUCAGAAUGGACACACAACUGCACAAUAUGCCGGGGGACAUUGUACAGAAUAUAGAAGAAAGUAAAGGUAACCAGGAUUCAGGAACUGACAAAGGCUCGGAGACCAUGGACUCUAAGACGGAACAAAACAACAAUGAAAAUAACGGCAAACAAAAAAGUACAAGGCUACUUAGAGACCAACUUCUGCAAGGGUCAGAGCCUUCCUCCAUGCAGUCACCUGCUAUGGAAAGCAUUAAGCCUAGGGAGGGAAAGAGACACAGUCAGGAUAGACAUUUUGGGGAGGAAGAAGAGAAAAGAACACGCAGCCAAAGAAAGAGAAAGUACCAAGAGAACUUUAGUUAUUACUUAGACGAGAGUGAUGCCCUGGACCUCAGUGGUGACUCGAGUUCUCAAGAGUACAAACCCUCUGAAGAUGAGGAAAGUGAUAGCACAAAGAAAAGGAAAAGGAUGUCAGGUAGUAAGACAAACAACUUGACACCUCAGGGCAAAGCAGGCAGUAUUCACAAACUGGUAAUGAAGAAACCUAAGAAAGCCAAAGUGGCAACAUUACAGAACUCCAGCUCGCAGACCACCUUGGACAUGCCGGAUAUCUUCAACGAACACAUGAGCUCUCCACCUGCAAAAGUGUCCAGGAAAAAGAGGACCAAAAAGAGAAAGAUUGGAGUAAGUGACGAAGAAGAUUCAGAGACAUCAAAUGAUACUGAUGAAGAAGAUGAGGAGUCUAGAGUCACAAAUGAUGGCAAGAAAAGUGCAACAAAGUUUUCAAGUAAAAUUUCUAGCUAUGGUCAGCCAUACUCAAAAACAGGGAGUUGGUACAUUGCUUCAGGCUAUUUGGAGGACCUGCUGGAGCUUCUGCGGCAGUUUGAGAAUGAGAAAAGCUGGAGAUUUUCUGCAUUUUCUUCAUGCUGGAGAGAAAUGAAGUUUUCUCUCAUAUAUAGGGGCCGUCAAAGUUUCAAGGAAUUAUUAGAGUUCUCAGAAGAAGUUGCAGAUAUCACUAAACGGUUCCUGGCCCCUUCCCAGACCACAAAGAUGAGAGUGGGGGCUUUGUAUACUUUGUAUGGCCUUUACUAUAAGCAUCCUAUAAGGCAUUUCUUCAAGAUUCGUAUUGUGAAGAAUGAGUACUACUACCUGAAGGAGUUGGUCGAGCCCUUCCGCUACAAGGCAGAAAAUCCCGAUCCUGCCGUUUUAUUCCGCACUUUGGAGACAGAUGGUGCUUUUUAUCACACUGCAACUACACAGGAAAUGUGUUUGGACUUCCACUCUGCUGAACGUGAGGAAGUGGGCAUAAAGUACGAGUUGCAGCGCAUUGCCACAACGUCUGCAGUCAGCCUAAACAUGCCCAUGGAUGUUCUUGAAACAGAUGAAGCUUUGAUGCAACAUUACGAUAAUAUCAAGACUGCUCUCUUAGAUACAAAGACAUCAUCAGGAAAAGCUGUAUCAAUGGUGGAUAAAUCAAUCACAUCAGAGGUGAAGAAUGCUGUCUUGAAGUUAAAUGAGGAUCUCUUAGUUGCUGUGGGCAUAAAGAACCCCGUAGAAAGUACAAAUGAAGCUCAACAGACAAGCUGGUUGUCAGAUAUAGGAAAACGACGAUCUGAAGUACGAAAUAAAGCUGUCAGCUCAUCCACAACAGAUGAUUAUGUAAAGAGACGGGGACUCCUUGCCAAGAAAAAGUGUAAGUGUAGCCUAAUAAUGCGGGGGGGUAAAAUGCAUUACCUUAAAGGGUGUAGUACGCAUACCAUGAACCUAAGAGAGGAAGGGGUCACUGACAGUGAAAGUGAUAUGGAUAAGUCACCGACAUCUACUAGCAAGAACAACAAAAAAGCAUCAAGAACAUCCCGUAGGAAUAUAGGACAAAUGCUUACAGAUGAAAAGAUUAGAGAUUAUAUGAAACCACCAUCAGCAGAGGUCACUAAUACUCCUGUGAGAUCAAUGGGAACCAUAAAGGCCGUACGUAAAUCUAGGAGAAAGAAGUACAAACACACAAAAGCAGAUAAAGAGGAUGCAGAUGACCCCCUUAAGAUGAAUGAGGGAGAAAGUUUCUGUGGCAAAAAUAUAUCCAUUCCGGAGCACAAGAACAUCAGUGGUGAGACAAACAAACAUCAUAAAAGAAUAGGCAGGACUGGAAGGCCGCCAGGAAGACCUAGGAAGAACCCUUUACCUCAAAAUUCAUUCCCAGCACAAGUAGUUGAGCAGUCAGAUUCUAACAAUCAGAUUGUAACUCCUGAUACAUCAAUCACAAUGCCUCUAAAGAGAGAAAAAGAACAGGAUGAACAGAGGCAUGACAUUAUGGAUGACCGUAAUGAAUUAAUUAUUUUAAAUGUACAAAUAUCCAGUGAUGUCAUCCAUCACCAAUCAAAGAAGUUUAAGAUCUUGAAAUCUAGUUGGAAAGCCAUUUCUGAAGAUGCCAAGAAACUUUUUGAACUGAAAAAGAAAUUUCUUGGGUUGAUGUUACCAGGGAGAGAGAUAACAGAUGAUGAUGUGACAGACAUUUACGCGGAGAUGACUGUCAUAGAACCACCUGUCAGAAAGGUUGAAAAUACAAGCCCCUCAUCUUGUACAAGUGCCUUAGAACAGACACCAAAGCUCAUGUCAGGUAUGACUUCAAAAUAUCCCCUAAAUAAGAAGGGGGAAAAUAAAGCCCAAGGGAACACUGUCAAGCAAAAAGGAGUGUUAUUGAUGCAAGUAAGAGUGGGUGGUGUGACACGUCUUCUUCCAGUGCCAGGCUCUGCAAAAGAACAAAAUGAAGCCAGAAAGUCAAUGUUAAGACCUGACACCAAAUUCCCUCUUGACCCUGUGCCAUUUUGUACCACAUCUCACACUCCUGACUUGCAAAAUUUUACCCAAAUAAAUGGAGAUCAGGUAACAAAUAUCUGUCUGCCAAGAGAUGAACUAGAUAUAGACCAAACAGAAGGGGUUCAGAGAACAGAUUCAGUGAUGGAGUCAGAACCUCAGCUCCCUGAGUUAAGCCCUCUAAACCUUGAUCCAUUAUUUUUGGAAGGGCUACCAAUAAGGAAAAGAGAAGUUUCAUACCAGCAAGUCCCUACUGAAACUUCACCCAUAAAACAAGAUAUGAAAUAUUAUGAUAGUAAGGGAAAUAGCAGGGCAAAAUAUAAAGCAGGAAAUACAGUAUACAGUACAAUGGAUUCAUUUGUGGGUGAUGAUGCCUGGAACAGUGAUGAAAAUUCUGAUGUGCAAAACGAUUCAUAUAUUCUUUCUAAAAGCGAAGUCGCCAACAACAAUUCUCCUUUAAGUUCUGAUCAUAUAUAUACCUCACCAAAGAGCCAAAGAGAAAAUUCAACAAGUACAAACUCUUUAGAGUCAAGGAAAAUAUUACCAAGGGUGAUACAUUCAAGUGACCCUUGGCUUAACCACUCAGCUGAAGGACCUGCCCUGCCCAUUGUGCAGACUUUAAACACUAGAGAACAAGGACAGACCAGUAGAUACCAAGUACAAGUACCUCCACUAACCAUGCCCCUUCAAACUGUUAUGCAACACCCUGAUUCGAAUCUAGUACCUUUACCUCAACAAUUUACCAUCAUAUCUGAUUCUGCUUCUCCUGUUUUGUAUGAGAUGCCUCCGCUUCAUCCAGUCCAGGAAGUAGCCACCAGUAAUGCCUUUAUACCUCCCCAAACAACAUCAGAUUGUGUAACUUUACUUGCACAAGGAGUACCUAGCAAUUCCUUCACAUCACAAUAUGUGGUUAUUCCUCAUGGAUCCGCACAAUCCUGUAGCAGUCCUGUAAAUCAUAUACCGAGGCCAUCAACCAGUGGUCACUAUGCAGAAGUGCAGGAGAAUCUCAACAUGAGAUGUGUUCCAUUGGUAAAUGAGUCACAGCAGAUGCUACUAAAUGGUACACCAUCGAAGGUAUCAAACGUUCCAAAGAUUUCAAAUAUAGCAUUGCAGACCACUCCUUAUAGUGAAAGAUUAACAAAGAACCUUGUAGAAGAUCUGGAUGUUGGGGAUGAGAAAAAGAUGGGAGGAAGCAUCCAUUCUCCAAAUCAACUUCAGACACCCAGUCAGAUCUCUAGAGUCAUUCCUUUUACCUCUACCAAGGAAGUAACCAGAGCAAAAGAACUGCCAGGAGAGACCAGUAAACACAGUUCAAGUGAAAUGCCCAAGCAGAGCACGUAUAAUUCUCAGAAGUUGAGACAAGGAGCCAGGAGCAGCCCUGUGUGUACAUUUUUGUAUUCACCAAAAUACAAAGCUCUUUCAAAAUUUAAAGAGACAGGAGGAAUUGCUACUGGCACUCCUGUUCAUUUAAAAGACAAGCCUCGAGUCCCUUUCAUUCUGAAACAUUCACUUGUUCAGAAACAUAAGGGGAAGUAGAUUUAGAUUUUCUCUUCUUUCCUGUUGUUAUUUUCCAUGUCUCUCUUUUUAAAGAAAAAUAUUACUUUUUUAGUUAUGGAAGAAAAAAUAUAUUACCUUUUUUUUAAGUUUGGGAAAUAUUUUAUCAAAUACUUAUGUCAUAUGUUCAGAAAUCUUGUUGUAAUAUCUAAGAAAAAGGCUACUCUGCAUUUGUUUUUGAAAGGAUAUAAUUUUACUUUUCAUUUGUUAAUUAUAUAUUUUACUCUUAAUAUUUCUUUCAGUAUGAAGUUAUGAAUAGCAUGUAAAGAACGCAUACAAUAUGUGUAAUAUAUCAUUGCUCUUUUUUAUGAAAAUAAAUAAUGUGGCUUGAGUUUGUACCAAUUAUUUUUUUGUAUCUGGCUCCCUGUCUUCCUUCAUUCAUUUUAGUGAUUAAAGUAUAGCAUUUUUUAAGCUACUUGUGAUAACAAAGAAACCAGUAAGAUUAAACAUAAUAUUUACACCUUUCUCUCCAGGAAGAAAUUGGUGUAUCAUUUUUAUAAAGGGAUAUUGUGUGGGUAUAAUUGGUGUCUUCAUAAAUAUUCAGACAAAAGACAGAUUGGUGCUAUAAAAGGACUAUAGAGAUUUUUCCCAUGCUUAGUUACUGAUCAUUAGUGUGUAACUAUGUAUAUUUUUUUGUCUUUUUAGAAAUAAUUUUCCGUUCUUUUUUUCGUUUUGAUUAAUUAUCCCAGGAUAUUGUACAAGAAAUACUGUUAUUAAUGCAGGCUUGUGAUAUAUUGCAUACAUUUUCUUCACAAAUGUUAAUUUCAUGAAUGUAAAUUUUGUAUGGAUAUUAUACUUUUUUAUAUUAAACAGUCUA